CGGGCGUUUCCCGGGAUGCCCCGCGCGCCCCCACCCCCCCGGAAGAAGGAGGCCUGGCGGUUGUUGACAACAUGGCGGCGGCAGGCGGCUCCGCGGCAGGACGAGGAGGGAGAGGAGGCGGCAGGAGGAGGAAGGAGUCUCACUCGUAGGGAGCCCCGCUCGCUGCCCCCCCUGCCCCGCGGCGCCAUGUCCUUCUUCAGGCGGAAAGUGAAAGGCAGAGAACAAGAGAAGACCUCAGAUGUGAAGGCAAUUAAAACUGCAAUACCAGUACAUUCCCCUCAGAGAAACACUAGAAACCAUGCCUUGCUGGAGGCUGCCGGACCAAGCCAUGUGGCGAUCAAUGCCAUCUCCGCCAACAUGGACUCUUUUUCUAGCAGUCGGACAGCUGCCCUUAAGAAGCAGCCGAGUCACAUGGAGGCUGCUCAUUUUGGAGACUUAGGGCGAUCGUGUCUGAAUUAUCAGGCUCAAGAGACCAAAUCAAGCCUUUCAAAGACUCUUGAACAAGUCUUGCAAGAUAGUGUUGCUCUCCCUUAUUUUAUCCAGUUUAUGGAACUGCGUAGAAUGGAACAUUUGGUUAAAUUCUGGCUAGAGGCUGAAAGCUUUCACUCCACAUCAUGGUCCCGCAUCAGAGCACAUAGCUUGAACACCAUCAAACAGAGUUCGCUGGCAGAGCCAGUGUCUCCCUCUAAACAGCUGGAAGCCACGGUAUCUUCUCCAACUGAUUUGCUUGAUGAAAGAUUGGAGGAUUCUGGCACAGUCCAUCUGCUCCUGAGCAAAAGAGUGGCAACAACCAAGAAUGAUAGAACUAGCAACGUUCAGAACCACUUGCUUUCAAGCCAGCAUAGUGACAGUGCCGGUGUCCUUCAUUUCGGAAAAUCUGAGGCAGGGACCCACUUUCUUCCAGCUGAACAAGAGCCUUCCAAGCUUACAGUAUCAAACAGAAACAGCCCCUCUUCUGCACUAAAAGACUUGUCAGGAAAACUAAUGAAAAGUAUAGAACGGGACGCAGUUAAUACUUUUACCAAAUAUAUUUCUCCAGAUGCUGCUAAACCAAUUCCUAUUACAGAAGCAAUGAGAAAUGAUAUAGUGGCAAAGAUUUGUGGGGAAGAUGGACAAGUGGAUCCUAACUGCUUUGUUACAGCACAGUCAAUAGUGUUUAAUGCAAUGGAACAAGAGCACUUUAGUGAAUUCUUGCGAAGUCACCACUUCUGUAAAUACCAGAUUGAGGUGCUGACCAGUGGGACUGUUUACCUGGCUGACAUACUCUUCUGUGAAUCAGCACUGUUCUAUUUCUCAGAGUACAUGGAGAAGGAAGAUGCAGUUAAUAUAUUACAGUUCUGGUUGGCAGCAGAUAACUUCCAGUCUCAGCUUGCUGCCAAAAAGGGCCAGUAUGAUGGUCAGGAGGCACAGAACGAUGCCAUGAUCUUAUAUGACAAGUACUUCUCCCUUCAAGCUACGCAUCCUCUUGGGUUUGAUGACUCUGUGCGAUUAGAAAUUGAAUCCAAUAUCUGCAGGGAAGGAGGCCCGCUCCCGAACUGUUUUACUACUCCCUUACGGCAGGCCUGGACUACCAUGGAGAAGGUUUUUUUACCUGGCUUCUUGUCCAGCAACCUCUAUUACAAAUACUUGAAUGAUCUCAUCCAUUCAGUACGAGGAGAUGAAUUUGCAGGAGGGAAUAUUGCACUAACUCUUCAAGGCCCUCAUAGCACUCCUGACAAUGACUCUCACACAGGUGGCCCUGAAGGCUCUGCCUCCCAGUCCAGUGUCAAAAAGGCUAAUGUUAAAAUCCUGAAAAAUUUUGAUGAAGCAAUAAUUGUAGAUGCUGCAAGUCUGGAUCCAGAAACUUUGUAUCAACGAACAUAUGCAGGGAAAAUGACAUUUGGGCGAGUCAGUGACCUCGGACAGUUUAUCAGAGAGUCUGAACCAGAGCCUGAUGUCAAGAAAUCAAAAGGAUCAAUGUUCUCACAAGCAAUGAAGAAAUGGGUGCAAGGAAACACAGAUGAGGCCCAAGAAGAGAUGGCUUGGAGGAUAGCAAAGAUGAUAGUCAAUGACGUCAUGCAGCAGGCACAACAUGACCAGCCGUUGGAAAAAGUUACAAAACUAUGAUUUUAGAAAAGCCAGAACAAGGAAAUCUGGCUUUCUGCUUUUGAAGAUAUAGUAAACUUUCCCUUCCAGUGGAUUCUUCUCUAACACAGCCAGUGAAAACAAAGCACUGUUUGCUCCAAGACGGCUAAUCUCUCCCUCAUUUAAAAGGAAGGAUAAAAAGGAGAGAAAUCCUGUCUCAACUACAGAGUGCAAAGUAAUGUUUGUUUUCCUCGUGCAUGUGGCAUUCACGAUAAUGAAGGUUUUUAAAGAGAUGAAGAGGAAGUUCAUGAACCCAUCACUAAGAAACUGGUCAGCUUCACUAAUGCUUCACCCUGUCUCGGAAGGAAUUUUAAGCAAGCUAUCUGGAACGGGACACGAGCCACACCAGGGAGGGGAUAAGUUUUGCUGUAGUUCUCAUUCUACUACUAAAUUUUUUUGUUCUGGUUUUUUAAAAUGUGCAACUGCAAAGGCCUCAGGGUAGCUGCCCUCACAUCACCCGCUGGAGCUGUGAACCUGAAAUGUUGAACACGUCGGCAGAGACUGAGUGAUCUUAAAAGCUUAUAAGAGUUUAUUUUUUCCUUACUUGAACUAGAUGAGCGUUUGCCUGUAAGAUAACUGGACUUUACUUCAUACCUGCAUCAGUUUUGACAGGCAUAAAAUGGUCAGGAGUGAAGACUGGUUGGUGUAGCUUAUCCUGCCUGUGUCCGAGCUGUUACACCUACAUGAACACACACAUUCCCCUGCUUCUAAAACACAGAAGACUUGCAGUCCAGUCUUUCACCUCUCCAGCUCUGAUUCAUUGCUCUGAGUCCAGCACGCUGCACUGAAGAGACUCUGCCCAGCAGACUUGCGUUGUCUUACUGUUCCAUCCUACAAGUAGAAAAAAUAAUUGCUCUCACGCGUUGUUGCCAUUCUCCAUAGCCUGCUCUCCUCAGACCAGUAUAGUAUCUAUUCCCAGACCUUUGUUUUUAAGGGCUUGUUGUUUCAUGACACUUGGCCUCUUUCUUUCCUCUAAUCCCCAUCCCUGUGGUUAUUUUCAGCGUUUGCCAUUUGUAUAGCCUUUCAUUUAAGCAAAGAGCCACCCUGUCCCUGCACUUCUGUUCUUUUGAUCUCCAGUGAGUCGAUUCUGCAGAGCAUACGAAGCACUCGAGGUGUCACUCCGUUACAUUAUCACUGUCUUUUUAUUGUAAAACAUUUCUGUUUGGGGGUUUCAUUUUAUUCCUCCGAUUUUGCUUUUUCUCGAGACUUGUGCAAAAAAAAAAAUCGCCUGAUAAGAAUUCUCGAUCAUCUCCAAUUCUCAGACUGCCUUGAUUGACUAGAAAUUGUUAUUCUGUUGCAAUAUUUGAUUGUAUAGGGGCACCUGGUAUUGUCUAUAAGAAGCAAAAAGGCUGUGUAUAGGUUUUUUGGUACUAUGUACCUCCUCUUAUUUCUCUCAUGCCCAAGUAUUCAUGUACUUAAAACAUACUAUAUUUAAUUGUGUUUUGAUUUAAAGAUAUAUAAAUAUUAAAAUUUGUGUCAAUUUUC